AGAUAUUGUAUUCCAAAAACAAAUGAAGUUAUGGAACACUUUAAUUUCUUCAAUCGUAAACAACAUGAAGGAGAACAAUUUGAUAUAUGGUAUACUGAUUUUAAAAAAUUAAUUAAAGGUUGUAAUUUUGGUGAAGCUGAAAACAAAAUAUUAAAAACACAGAUAGUGUUAGGAAUAUUGGACAAAGAAACCCAAACUAGAUUGUUACGAGAUGAUGUGGAGUUGGCAAAAGUAGUGUCGUGCCGCCAAUCAAUUGAACGUGCAGAAUCAAAUAGACGAACAUUAAUCACAGCCAAUGAUGCAGACAAGGCUGUACAUGAAGUUAUGAGAAAAUCGUCAAUUGGAGCCAAAAAUAUAAGCAAGCCGAAGAAAAUUAACGAGUCAAGCCCAAGACAGUGGAAUAGCAGUCAGUCCAAUGAUCAUAGGAUGGCAUAUGGAAAGAGCUGUAAUAACUAA